UCUCCAGGGACGCCAGCGCGAAAGAAAGUCGCACCCCAGCGCCGCCACUGACUGCGCUGGAGGAGCGAGCUCGACAGACGGUCGCUUGGGGGUGCGGUGUUUUGUUGUUGUUUUUUUCUUCUGUGGCCCGGCCGGCCAGCUUCUCGCUCGCUCGUCCGCUGCUCCCAUUUAGUCUUCCCCUCGCUUUGCGGGCGUGCGGGGCAGGUUCCCGAAGCGGGCGCAAAUAGAGAGAGAGAGGGAGGGAGAGAGGCGGCUGCUGCGUCGUCGUGGAAUGUCCCUGCGCUCCUCCGCCCUGCCUUCCGAAGUGGAGAUGAGCCACAGCCAAGGCAAAGGACGCCUCUCUUAAAAGACUCCGGAGCCAGGAUGAUGGUGCACCUGCCGCAGCCUUUCCCUCUGGUUGUGUUGGCGCAGAGUUUCUUCCUCCCGCUCAUAUUCUGUGAUGCUAAGCAAAUCAUCCAGGCCACAGACUUAUUGGACUGGGAGGAUAAAGAUGCUGCGGAUACUUUGGUUGCUAAUGUAGUCCAUUCUCGGAUCAUCAACCCUUUACGCCUUUUUGUGAAGCCCUCCCCAACAAUGAAACAUGGGCGGAUGCCAUAUUCAGACAACACAGACAACUUUUGGGAUUGGCUAUCCAAUAUCACUGAAGUUCAGGAAUCUCUUGCACGAACUAAACGCAGACCAAUUGUGAAAACUGGAAAGUUUAAAAAAAUGUUUGGAUGGGGCGAUUUCCAUUCUAAUAUCAAAACUGUGAAGUUGAAUCUUCUGAUAACAGGGAAGAUUGUCGAUCAUGGCAAUGGAACCUUUAGUGUUUAUUUCCGGCACAAUUCAACAGGCCUUGGAAACGUUUCUGUAAGCCUGGUGCCACCUUCCAAGGUGGUGGAAUUUGAAUCUUCCCCUCAAUCAACUCUAGAGACUAAGGAAUCCAAGUCGUUCAACUGCCGAAUUGAGUAUGAGAAAACUGAUAGGGCUAAGAAAACCGCACUGUGUAACUUUGACCCUUCAAAAAUCUGCUACCAAGAGCAGACCCAAAGCCAUGUGUCCUGGUUAUGUUCUAAACCAUUUAAGGUCAUCUGUAUUUACAUUGCUUUCUACAGUGUUGAUUACAAACUAGUGCAGAAGGUCUGCCCUGAUUACAACUACCACAGUGAGACACCAUAUUUAUCCUCGGGAUGAUGUACUCUCUCUUCAUCAGUGACUGUUAUAUCAGGAAAAAAAAAUCUGUCUGAAAUUCUAGUUUUAAAUUUCUUAAGGCAUUGUUCCUAAUCAGGUUAAGUAAGCAGCUUUCUUCUCCCUAAAGGAAAAUUACCACUUGUGGGCUGGUUCACCCAUGAAUGUUCUUCACUUGGUGACUAGAACAUCAUGUAGCAACUUGCAUAUGUCAAUGAGCCAUCAUGAUCGAGCACCAUGUAACGUUUCCAUAAGACUUCAGAUCAGAGUCCCUAUUUGGCCAUGCAGUUGUAAUUCCAUGAUGAAUCACUGAAUGAGUGGACCAGCCUGAAGGGUUUGCUGUUACCAUAAAUAUUUCAAUAUCCAAAAAUCAAACUACCACUUUUUUCAAAAUACAGUAUUUGUAUUUAAUUUCUCAUUGUGUCAGAUCUUAUCAAAUAUUAAUAGUAUAUAGAUAAGUGCAAAAAGCCAAAUUCUUUGCAAGGAAGAGACACAAAUGAUCUCUUACUAAGACUUGCUGCAACAGCAGAUUCAGCUGGUAGUAUUGGAAAAAAACAUUCUUUGUUAGCAUUUUAGGAAUGUUAAACUGCCAGUGCCAGCAAAUUUGUCAAAGGUAAUAUUCAGGCUCUCUUAACAUGUAAGAGAUGUUAUCAAAAUAGAUUCUGAAAGUAGCUAAACUUUUUUUUUUAUGAGAUUAGGGAGAAACAUUCAGAGAAAGAAAUCUCUCUGAUGUGCUGCCAUGAAUUUUGCUUAACACUUUGGCAAAAAAUCUAUAGGAAUUUAAAAUUAGAAGAAUUUCUAUGAGAUUUACAUAAUUUGUUCGUGAAUGAAUCAUUCACAAGCAAUAUUAUUUGCUUAUUAAAUAUCUACAACCAUUCUAGCGAUAAUCUGACAAAACUGUGCCCUUUAUGUAACAAUUGGGUAAAUCAGUUGCACACUUCUAAAGCCAUGUUUAUAUCAGUAAAGUACAUGUUGUAAUAGGAGCAGAGAACUGGAUAAAAAUGUGUUUGUGGAUAUGUUGCCCACUAUAACAGAUUUGCAGACAGUGCUAUUCUUCAUUCAAACAUGAAAAGUAAACACAGGGAUUUUGUUUUCAAAAUCAGUGGGUAGAAAAAGCACAUAGUUUGAUAUGAAAGAAUUCUACCGAAAUAUCCAUUUAAUGCAAAAAUAUUGAGAAAAUGUGUUCUGUAUUGAAACUACUUUGUCCUUAGUCUAUUCAUGUAAUUCAGAAAUUGGGAUCUCUACCAAUUUUGCCAUUCUGAAAGCCUACUAAAAUUAAAAUCACAAGGUCUUUAAAGGGGGCUGUUUUCAUUCAGUGCAAUAAAGUGUAACUCUGAUUUCAUAAUCUCCCUCUCUGCAGUGGAAUCAUGUCGAGAUACAAACGGACUUGUCUUUUUAGUAUCAUAAACCCUUGCCAGGACCAUUAUAGAAAAACUCUUGAAGAAGAAACCUAACAUAAAAUUAUAAUGACAUUUUUACCACUUUGCUUUCAUUGACUAAAAUUCCAGAUGACGUACAUUUGUUUAAUUUUUCAAAGCAGUGAAUCUUUUUUAAAAUGAAACUUUUAUGUAAGAUUUGCUAAUGUAAAUACUUACAUUUUACCUUUGGAUAUGAAUCAAUUGGCUGAAAUCAGAUAGCUUUCAUGUGACCUAGGCAUUAACUUAUCUCAAACUGAGUAGGUUUCAUCAAUGAGAUAGUAUCAUCUCAAUCCUCCAAUCACUUUUUAAGAAAUUGUUAAAAAUUUUCCAAGAACUAUUGCUACAGAGAAAAUUCAAUUAUAUCCAUCAUUCCCCCCCCCCCCCCGAGGCAGAAAUAGAUUCUUUUUUCUCCUUGCGUCUACCCAUUCACAAAUCUGUUCCACAUUUUCUGGAGCUCAGUUGA